AUUAGCAUUCCGAUUGCGUGCAGAGGUUAAGGGUGCCUCAAUUCCUUGAAAGCAAUGGGAUUUUAAGGUGCAACAACUCCUCACAACUCUCUUGCUUCGCCGCCGCGGUGCUCCGUGGCGAUAGCACUGUAAAGAGGCCGGGCUCUCGCGAGAACAAGCGCGCUUCCUAAAUGAAGGCGAGGAGGCGGCGCUGCCGCAGCUGAGGUGACUCCCGCCCAGGUGUUGGCUUGGCGGCAGUGGCCGCCGGUAGACCUGCUGCUUCCUCCGCUCUCCUGGGGCCGCGGGCUCUCUCCAUGCCCCUGGGGCAAGGGGCUGCCGCCGCCUCUGUUGCCCCAAAGAGCGGGCUAGGUGGGGGCGCUUGCUAUGGCAGAGGCGGUGGCAGGAGCAGGCGUUGAGGAGACCGAUGAAGGGCUGAGAGCGGCUGUCACGGUGGUGGCUGGCGCAGAUAAUUUUCAAAUGGAAGGAACCCAGUGUGUUGGUUCUACAGUCUCAAGCCUUAUGAGUCCUAUAGCCCAGCCUGUCACUGCCAACUCAGUCAAUACAUUUGUGGUGGACUUUCCAAGAAAACGCAAAGGAAGUGAUACUGAUAACCAGUGUGCAUGUGGCAUUGAUGUUGAUGAUCUCCAGAGCAGGGAGGCUCAUAGCCAAACAGAAAAAAGAAGAAGAGACAAAAUGAAUAACCUCAUAGAAGAAUUAUCUGCUAUGAUACCUCAGUGCAAUCCAGCAGCCCGUAAACUGGAUAAACUUACAGUAUUAAGAAUGGCUGUGCAGCACUUAAAGUCAUUGAAAGGUUCUACUAGUUCUUACUCGGAAGUCCGGUAUAAGCCUUUGUUUCUACAAGAUGAUGAACUUCAACACUUAAUCCUUAAGGCUGCAGAUGGGUUCCUCUUUGUGGUUGGAUGUGACAGAGGAAAAAUCUUGUUUGUUUCCAACUCUGUUCUGAAGAUACUUAACUAUGACCCAGCCAGUUUGAUUGGACAAAGUCUUUUUGAUUAUCUUCAUCCAAAGGAUGUUGCCAAAGUGAAGGAGCAACUUUCAUCUUCGGAUGCUUCGCCAAGAGAAAAACUAAUAGAUACCAAAACCGGUUUGCAAGUUCACAUGGAUUUUCAAGUAGGAUCAUCAUCUCGUCUGUAUUCUGGUGCUCGACGUUCAUUUUUUUGUCGAAUAAAGUAUACAAAAAACACAGUGAAAGAAGAAAAGGAGUCCUUGCCAAACUCAAAAAAGAAAGAUCAUAAAAAGUACUGUACUGUUCAUUGCUCUGGGUAUCUGAAGAGCUGGCCUCCUAAUGAGGUGGGAGUUGAAGAGGAGAAUGAUGCCGAAAAAGACAGCAGUAACUUUAACUGUCUUGUUGCAAUUGGGCGAUUACAUCCUUACACUGUUCCACAAAAAAGUGCUGACAUAAAAGUCAAGCCAACAGAAUUCGUAACACGCUUUGCCAUGGAUGGAAAAAUUGUUUUUGUAGACCAACGUGCAACAGCAAUUUUAGGAUUUUUGCCACAAGAGCUUCUAGGGACUUCAUGUUACGAGUACUUCCACCAAGAUGAUCACAGUCAUCUAACAGAUAAACACAAAGCAGUGCUGCAGAGCAAAGAAAAAAUAUUUACAAAUUCCUACAAAUUCAGAGCAAAAGAUGGCUCUUUUGUCACUUUAAAAAGUCAGUGGUUUAGCUUCAUCAAUCCAUGGACCAAAGAACUGGAGUACAUUGUGUCAAUCAACACAGUUGUUUUAGGUCAUAAUGAAUCUGGUGAAGAAGCACUCUUGCCCUGCAGUUCCCUAUCUUCAGAAGAACCACCAAAGCCACCAUUUCUUGAUGUACCAGGGAUGUCUACAGGAACUGUACUUGGGGCUGGGAGCAUAGGAACUGAGAUUGCAAAUGAAGUCUUAGAUUUACAAAGGCUGCAUACUUCACCUGUUGGUGAGUUAAGUCCAUCCAGUCUUAUGAGGAAGUCUUCUUCCCCAGUUCUAACAGUAAACUGUAGUAAUGUGCCAAAGAAAGAACUUCUUCACCUGUGUCCUUCAGGAAUAGAGGAUUUGGAAACUUCAGGGCAAAACCAGGACCCUAUCUCAUUCCCAAGUAAUGAGCCUCUUCUCAGUGACGCUUCCCAAUUGGAUUUUGAUGCAGUAUGUGGAAAUGACACUGCCAUGGCUGCACUUAUGAAUUACUUGGAAGCUGAAGGAGGCCUGGGUGAUCCAGCAGAGCUCAGUGACAUGCAAUGGACUCUUUAGUAUUACACAACUGAGAAGGAACAUAAAUUACUUUGAUGCACAAAAAGAAUAAUUCAUCCUCAAGUACUGUAUUGGUACCUUUUUAAGGCUUUAAUUCAUAUUUCCAAUAUCUCUAUUUUUAAAAGACUUUUGCCUUAU